AUGGCCAGUCUAAACGCUGUUCUGUUGCCCAAGGCGGCAACCGCCUCCUCAUCAAUCACGGCGCUCACUCCGCGGGCCCUCGGCAGCAAGUCGCACAUUGCGCAGUCGCUGCCCGUUAGGUCUCCAGCAUCUCGCGCUCCAUCGCACGCGCAACUCGCGCCGCGAUGCGUGCAGGCGGCCGAGCCGCCUCUGACGGUGCCUAAAGCGUCGUCGAGCGCGGCGGAGCCGUGGUCGCCGGGCAGCUGGCAGACGCGCAAGGCGUGGCAGCAGCCGGAGUACCCCGACAAGGCGGCGCUCGCCGCGGCGCUCGAGGAGCUCGAGCGGUGCCCGCCGCUCGUGUUCGCGGGAGAGGCGCGCGCACUGGAGGAGAAUCUAGGGGAGGCUGCUCUGGGGAAGGCGUUCCUGCUGCAGGGCGGCGACUGCGCGGAGAGCUUCAAGGAGUUCCGCGCGGACAACAUCCGCGACACCUUCCGCGUGCUGCUGCAGAUGGCCGUCGUCCUCACCUUCGGCGGCCAGAUGCCCGUCAUCAAGGUGGGCCGCAUGGCCGGGCAGUUCGCCAAGCCGCGCUCCGACCCCAUGGAGACGCGCGGCGACGUCAGCCUGCCGUCGUACCGCGGCGACAACAUCAACGGCGACGCGUUCACACUCGAGUCGCGCGUGCCCGACCCGCAGCGGCUGGUGAAGGCGUACAGCCAGGCGGCGGCGACGCUGAACCUGCUGCGCGCGUUCGCGACGGGUGGGUACGCGGCGAUGGAGCGCGUGACCAAGUGGGAGCUCGCCUUCAUGGAGAACCAGGAGCAGGCCUCAAGGUACGAGGAGCUGGCGUCGCGCGUGGACGAGGCGCUGGGGUUCAUGGCGGCGUGCGGGCUGACGGCGGAGCACCCGAGCAUGCGCUCCACCGACUUCUUCACCAGCCACGAGUGCCUGCUGCUGCCCUACGAGCAGGCGCUCACCCGCAUCGACUCCACCACCGGCCGCUGGUACGACUGCUCGGCGCACUUCAUCUGGGUGGGCGAGCGCACGCGGCAGCUGGACUGCGCGCACAUCGAGUUCCUCCGCGGCGUUGCCAACCCCCUCGGCAUCAAGGUGAGUGACAAGAUGCCCCCUCAGGACCUGGUGGAGGUGUGCCGCAUCCUCAACCCCGACAACCGUCCGGGGCGCGUCACGGUGAUCGUGCGCAUGGGUGCGGAGAAGCUGCGCGAGAAGCUGCCGGCGCUGGUGCAGGCGGUGGAGCGCGAGGGGGUGGUGGUGACGUGGGUGUCCGACCCCAUGCACGGCAACACCAUCAAGGCGCCCAACGGCUACAAGACCCGCGACUUCAACUCCAUCCGGGGGGUGGUGGUGACGUGGGUGUCCGACCCCAUGCACGGCAACACCAUCAAGGCGCCCAACGGCUACAAGACCCGCGACUUCAACUCCAUCCGGGGGGUGGUGGUGACGUGGGUGUCGGACCCCAUUCACGGCAACACCAUCAAGGCGCCCAACGGCUACAAGACCCGCGACUUCAACUCCAUCCGGGCGGAGCUGCGGGCCUUCUUUGACGUGCAUGAGGAGCUGGGCACGCACCCAGGGGGGGUGCAUCUGGAGAUGACGGGGCAGAACGUGACGGAGUGUGUGGGCGGCACCAAGGAGGUGACCUUUGACGACCUCUCCUCGCGCUACCACACGCACUGCGACCCGCGCCUCAACGCCUCCCAGAGCCUCGAGCUCGCCUUCCUCAUUGCCGACCGCCUCCGGCGAGGCCGCGGCAAGCCGUCCCUCUGGCUCGAGGAGUGA